ACGACCAGCGAUCCAGUAUGAGCAGAUCGGCCAUCAAAGGAGGUAGAGUGGAGCACAACACUUGUGAAGAUCUGCCCAAGGUCCAUGGAGAAAGCCAUGCUGACCAGAGAGACGCUGAAAGAAAGAUUCUUGAAGCGUCUCGAGAAGGGGUCGUGGAGACAGUGAAGCGCCUGCUGCAGAGGAAGGUUGACCUGGAAGUGACUGACCGAGACGGGCGCCGCCCCCUGCACCUCGCCGCCCUGGGAGGCCACGACCGCGUGGCGAGGGAGCUCCUCCUCCGAGGCGCGGACGCCAGUGCCGAGACACCCGAAGGUUUCUGCUGCGUUCAUUAUGCUGCACUGGGCGGGCAUAUUAGCACGCUGAUGCUUCUACUGGAAUGCCAAUACGACAUCCAUGCUCUGACGAAGGACGGGUCCACCGCCCUCCACUUGGCAGCUGCGCAUGGCCACUCGUCGGCCGUCGAGUGGCUGGUGACAAUGGCUGGCCUGAAGGUUGCUUCCGCCAACAAAAAGCGCGAAACAGCACUUGACUUGGCUCGAAAAGCGGGACACAAAGCCACAGUUCAGUCUUUGGUCCAGGUCCAAAUAAAGGAUAUUUUAGUGGGUGGUGACGUCGGGACCCUGAGCCAGUUGGUGGAAGAAUUUGAUUUGGAUGUCUUGUGCGCCAAAGAAAAUGAUAAAGGUUUUCGGUCUGUCCACUACGCUGCAUGUGGGGGCCAUGUUAAAGUACUUGAGAUCCUUCAAAAUAAAAAGUAUGACAUGAAGUGUGUGACGAAUCAGGGAUAUUCAGCUCUGCACUGUGCGGUCAAGUACUCUCACCUGGCGGCUGCCAAGUGGCUUGUCAAAAAGGCUGGCCUGGAUGCUGAUCUUCCCAGCAGAGGUGUCUCCUCUGCCCUGGAGCUGGCCAGGCGAAAAGGGAAUGAAGAGAUUGUAACAUAUCUAGAAAGGGUGACCGCAGUGAAAGCCCUGGUGUCUGGCGAUCUCGAGGCCCUUAGAGACCUGGUACGCGAGGGUGUCGACGUUGAAGCUGUGUGCGAAAGGAAAUUUGGUAUUCGCGUUGCCCACGUCGCUGCUAAGCUGGGGCAUCUCACGUUACUGAAGAAACUCCGAGAAAUCAAGUGUGACGUGAAACCAGAAGCGGACGCGGGGUUAACAGCCCUCCACUUCGCAGCAAAUUAUGGUCAACUAGAAGCUGUGAAGUGGCUGGUGGAAGAGGCUGGCCUGGACAUUUCCCGUCGGAGCAGAGACGGUCGCACUGCCUUGGGCUGCGCAGAGAAAGGCGAUCAUGUAGACAUAAUAGCCUACUUAAGACAAAAGACCAAAGGCGACGGAGGAGCAGAAGAAACGGAAAGAGUUGGAGGAGGAGAAGGAAGCAGAGGAGGAGGAGGAAAAGCAGAAUCAGCAACUGGAGGAUCUUCUAUGGAACUGCGUUCGGCAAAAAAAAAUAAGCUCCUGGAGAUGGCGCAGAGAGGAGACGCAGAGGGUGUGCGUAGACUAGCAGAAGGUGGCGUGGACUUGGAGGCGGUGAGCUCAUUGCCGGGCCAGACAGGUACGGUAUACGCACCUGUACUUGCGUUACGAAUUUUAUAA